UCACUACUGCAUCAUGUCUCUGUCUGCCGAACACUGCCGUGAUACAAGUGGAGACAGGGGUGGUGGUGGUGGUUUUAAUGGUGCUUUGAUCCAUCAGAGAACGCUGAUUCGGGGACUGAUCAUAUGGGUCACGCUACUCACUCUUGGCCUGGCAGCUUCAAUAUCUCUGCAUUUCAUCCCUAAAGAAUCGCCGGCUCCAAGUAAACAGCAGGGUUCGGAAACAACCAGUAAUAAUGUUUAUCCUGGAAAGAAAAUAGAUCUAAUGACAUUCACGCCAAACUGGGAAAACACAGAUGUUGAGCUCCUGCAGUGGAAUACAGUUGAAGAAAGGUUCAUCAAAGGAGAGGGACAGCUGACUGUGACUCAGGGAGGCGCUUAUUUUCUGUAUCUCCAAGUUACCCUUGACUCGAGGAAAAAAGAAAACCACACAAUCACAGUCCAAACACAAAAACAAAAUGUGAUCUUAAAAGGUUACAUCAAUGGAUCAAACCUCUCAACUGGCUUCUUGGCUACUGGAAUUUACCUGGAUGAUGAUGAUACUUUUAAUGUGACCUGCAAACCCAAAGCCAAAAUCCAGAACUCUCACAUUGAAACCUACAUGGGUGUCAUCAAGCUUGGCUAAAUCUCAGUCA